CUAAGGCCUAUGGCAGGCAGGCCAGCACUUCUACACAGCCUCGGGUCUGCAUACCAUCUACCUCCCGGACAUCUAGCAUUCAGCUGCAUCUUCUACGAUCUUCUAUGAACUGCCUUUCCAUCAUAAGCUGAUCUCAUUCCUCUCACAUCCCUACAGUACUCUCUUCCAUCCAUGGCUCUCAACGUGUCUGCAGAAGGAAAUGAUAUUUCAUCAGAAUGGCGUUGUCUGCCGGAUCUUAUCAACUUAUGGACUAGUUAAAUAUCCAAGCCAAGUCAAGGUGAAAGCUACAUUAGUACUGUAUUUGGGUCAAACCUUUCAUCCAAAAUAUUCUUUCCAAAAUCAGAUUCAAUGGACAUUGAGAAGAUGCUGGUCUGGAUGCUGUUGUGCAUCUCAAGAGUUCUGGGCUGGACAGAUAUGAAAGAGAAAUUGUUUUCUUUCCCAAAGCAGUCGUCCACCUCAUAUGUUGAACUAUUUCCAGAACUUUCUGGCCCAUUUGAAGAGGCUACGGUCUGCAUGAGAUUCCACUCAGAUCUGACCCGGGGUUAUUCCUUAUUUUCAUUGUCCACUCGGAGCAAAUCUAAUGAUUUUCUCCUCUAUUAUUUUCCAGGAUCUAAUAAGUUUUCACUAUCAGUCAGUGAUAUUCACCGGUAUAAUAUAUUACAGGGCAAUAAUUUUACGGAAUGGACAAGUAUUUGUGUAACCUGGAACUCUUCGGUCGGGUCGGUGUGGAUCGAUGGGAAGAAGUACAACAUCGACAGGACAGCGAAUGUGACGAUCGGCGCUGACCCUAUCAUUAUUAUUGGUCAGGAACAAGAUUCAUAUGGUGGAGGAUUUGAAACGUCUCAGUCCUUUGUGGGAGAAAUAACGAAUGUUCAUAUGUGGGAUAAAGCUCUGACUGAUAACAAUAUUAUAGAUUAUUGUGCAGAUAAUGAAAUAAGUGGUAAUGUCAUUAACUGGAACGCUUUACGGUAUAAUCUUACUGGUAAUGUCAAUACACUUCUUUAUGUAGAUCCCUAUCCUUGUGAACCUGUAUACAGUUUAUAGAGUCUUACAUAUAUUUAUUACGUCAAAGCAAUGUCUAUUAAAGGGAAUCUGUUGGCAGAGUUAAAGGGGUACUCCAGUGGGGAAAAAAAAAU